AUGGCUAUACAUCUGUUAUGCCAGGCCUAUGACCGGGCCUGUGAAUUGGGCGGACAAGUACCAUCGUCGUUCUGGGAACCAUUGGUCAACAAUAUGGGACAUGCUUAUCGGAAGCUAGGGUGA